AUGGCGGACUCAAACCCUCCUCCAACAGUACCAGGAGGUGGUGCUGGCCCAGCUGCCAAUGCCACUGCUGCUGCGGCGUCGAGUGCGCCAAAUACAGCAGCUACAUACAAGGCGCCAACCCCCAACCCGGCCCUGCGCAUGAUGGGCAUCCCCGGUCUGCCCAAGAAGCUCCCGUCGCGCAAUUGGAUGAUCUUCUUUGCCAUCACGGGUUCCCUCUCGGCCGCCAUAGUCUACGACAAGCGCGAAAAGAACCGCGCGACAGCCAAGUGGACGCGGGCUGUCUCACACCUCGCGUGCGAACCCAUUGCCAGCCCGACCCAGCUGCCGCGCCGUCUGACCAUUUUCCUCGAGAGCCCGCCUACUGACGGCCUGCGAGUCGCCCAGGACCACUUUACCGAAUAUGUGAAGCCCAUCCUGGCCGCCUCCGGCCUCGACUGGGAGUUCGUGCAGGGCCGGAAGGAGGGAGACGUCAGAGCUGCUGUGGCUGAGAGGAUACGGAGGACGAGGGGGCCGGACGCCACUGAUACACCGCAAACACAGGAAGAGAUGGUGCGGGAGCUAAGGCAGAAGAAUGGCACACCUGAAUAUGAGGGGAUAAAGGGCGACAUUGUGAUUGGAAGACAUACAUGGAAAGAAUACGUUCGGGGACUGCAUGAAGGCUGGCUCGGACCUCUGACUGCGCCAGCAGUACCAGUUCCUGAGCCGCAAGUCACGCCUCUUGAGGCGGCGGAAGCUACGUCAGGGGGUGUCGAAGGGGAGAAGGCCCCGGACCAGCCUGAGGAAGAGUCCAAGGAGAAGGCUGAAGAAAAGCCUGAGCAAAAGCCUGAGCGACCACCUCAACCACCGCCCUACAACACCACGAACGACUAUCCCACCUCUCACUUGCCUAUGCUCAUUCCCGCCGAGUUCUCCCCUUCGACCCCUAUAACGUUCCCCCAUAUUCUCGGCUUCUCUCACACCUUCACCCGACUACGACGUUUCCUCAACCGCCGAUAUCUGGCAGACGACAUCGGCCGCGAGGUUGCCGCUGUCUGCUUCGCAGCAGCUCGCGAGUACCGCGAGGACACCAGCACCACCGGAUCAGAACAGCAGACCGCCCUCGAGGAAGAGGAGGCGGACUGGCCCAAGUCCGUAUGGAAAGAGGCAAAGCCGAAAGAGACCGAGAAGGAUUCCAUUGCAACGACUACCCCUCCCGAAAAGAUCUGGACGAGCCCCAUGGUGCUAGACCCUCGUAUUGCAUUGCGCAUGCGCAGGUUCGAGAUGCAGCCUGCGGACGAAGCCCGCGCUAAGGAGAUUGUCGUCCCUGAAGAGGAGAUCGAGGGCUGGAUCAAGGGCAGCGUCCGAAGCACGUGGCGUUGGGCCGUGUCGAAACCCGAGCCCGAUCCUUCCUGGGUUGACGAAUGA